AUGUCAAUGACAAUGUAUUCGAGUGAUGAUAAAAUCUGUGGAUGGAAUUAUGUCUGUCCAAACAUUGAUAAAUUGCAGUCACCUGAUGCUCUUGGGGUAACUAUAACCAGGUGUGUAGCAGUGAUGUAUCUGUACUUUCAGUUUCGAGAUCUAAAAAAGAUGGGUUCUCGUUAUCUUCUUGCAAUUUCUGGUUUGUUCACCAUGUUUUCCAGCUUUAUGUUCAGCCUUGCAGUUGUGAAUCUUUUCAAAAAUGAUUAUACAGGUCUCAAUGAAGCUCUGCCUUUUUUCUUAUUGCUUAUUGACCUCUCAAAAGCAAGCGCUUUGGCAAGAUUUGCUCUCAGAUCAACAUCUCCUGAUGAAGUUCAGUACAAUAUUGCUCAAGGUAUGGCAAUCCUGGGUCCAAUAAUCACCUUGGAUGCCAUUGUAGAGACUUUAGUGAUUGGUGUUGGAACUCUUUCAGGUUGGAAAGGUCUUGAGACGAUUAGCUGCUUUGGUUGCCUUUCAGUAUUGGCCAAUUAUUUAGCAUUCAUGACAUUUUAUCCUGCUUGUUUAACAUUGGUUCUUGAGUUGUGUCGUGAGGUCAACCAUGGCAGGCCAGUUUGGCAACUUCACCAAUUGAUGCAUAAAGAAGUUGAAGAAGGACAAAAAUUGAAUCCUGUCAUCCAGAGAGUCAAAGUUAUUAUGUCUGCAGGCUUGAUGUUUGUCUAUGCCCACAGCUGGUGGCUGGCAAAAAAUGCUAAAACUGAUGACUCAAAGGAGGAGGUGAUCAUCAUUGAUCCAACUAUUGCUCAUAAGGUCAAGCCUGAAAUUGCUUUAUGGCAAUUCUACUUGAGCAGGAUGUUAAAUGCUGACCAUGCCAUUACAUUGCUGUUGGCUGUACUCCUUGGGCUCAAGUAUAUCUUUUUUGAUGUGGACAUUGACACAGAAUUCCAGAAAUGUCAGUAUGCUUCAGAAGAAUCCCAAACAGUCAUAGGUGAUGUUGAACCAAACAAUUCUUUAGAUAACAACCGAAAUGAUCCUAGUAGCAGAGUUCAAUUCUCUUUGGGCGAUGAGAAUUUGGAACAGUCUGUUAAAAUGGUAACUGCUGCUACACAAACUCCUCCUGGUAAUCUCCCAGCAUUGGUAAGAUUAAAGUCUCACCAGAUCGCUCGAAGUACUGAAGAAUGUCUUGAAAUAAUGAAGUCUGAGGAUGGAGCAAAAAUGUUGACUGAUGAAGAAAUACUUGCUCUCUUGGAUCAGAAACUUAUUCCUAGUUACAAAUUGGAGAAUAUCUUGCAAGACUAUGAAAGAGCAGUUUAUAUUAGACGUAAGAUGAUAAGUCAAAAAUUGGAUAACAUAGAUGUGAUGGAACAGCUUCCCUAUACCAGUUUUGAUUAUUCUACUACACAUAGAGUUUGUUGUGAAAAUGUCCUUGGUUAUGUUCCUAUUCCCCUUGGAGUGGCAGGACCCUUACUGCUAAAUGGUAAAAAUUACUAUGUUCCCAUGGCGACUACAGAAGGAUGUUUGGUUGCCAGUACCCACCGAGGGUGUCGUGCUUUGUCAGACAGUGGAGGAGUUCAAAGUUAUUUAUUACAAGAUGGCAUGACACGUUCACCAGUAGUAAGAUUUGCAUGUGCAGAAAAGGCUAUGCAAAUGAAAUUUUGGCUUGAGAAAUCCUCAUCAUUCCAAUUCGUGAAAGAAAAAUUUGAUGAAACGAGUAGGUUUGCCCGUUUAGAUAAAUUACAAGUUUGCCAGGCUGGAAGGUUGUUGUAUAUUCGAUUCAUUGCCAAAACAGGUGAUGCCAUGGGAAUGAACAUGUUGUCCAAGGGAGCAGAAAAUUGUAUAAGUGCUUUGAAAGAAAAAUUCCCAGAAAUGGAAAUCUUAAGUGUCAGUGGUAAUUACUGCUCGGAUAAAAAAUCUGCUGCCGUCAACUGGGUUCAGGGCCGUGGGAAAUAUGUGGUCAGUGAAGCAGUUGUAUGUGAGAAAGUAAUUAAUGGUGUUCUGAAAACAUCUGCUGCUACAUUGGUUGAUUUAAAUAUUUCCAAGAAUCUCAUUGGUUCUGCCAUGGCAGGUGUUCAAGGAGGCUUUAAUGCUCAUUCAGCCAAUAUAGUCACUGCAGUUUACAUUGCAACAGGACAGGAUCCUGCCCAGAAUGUUUCCAGUUCGAAUUGUAUCACCUUGAUGGAAACUACAGGGCCAAACAACUGUGAUCUUUAUAUCAGCUGUUCUAUGCCUUCCUUGGAGAUAGGAACUGUUGGUGGGGGUACAAAUCUUCAUGCACAAAGCACAUGUUUACGAAUGUUAGGAGUGCAAGGUCCUAACACAGAAAAUCCUGGAAAUAAUGCCAAAACUUUGGCCCAAAUUGUAUGUGCUGCAGUGUUGGCUGGAGAAUUGUCUCUAAUGGCAGCUUUGGCUGAGGGACAUUUGGUAAAAAGUCAUAUGUUACACAACAGAUCAUUUGUGCAGGGAAGCAGUCAGUCAACCUCACAUCCCAACCUUGUGCAAAGUGUCUCUUCAUGUAACACAUUAUCAGAAGACACUCAGUAUCAAACAAAUAUCAAGUUGACCUCUUAA